AUGGACGGCGAAGACGAAGAAAUGAGGCUGCGACGAGGAGGGGGUGAAGGAGAAGAAGAGACACUAACACAAACUCCAGAAGAAACCCAAGUAGAGGGUCUCCUGCAGCAGCAGCUGCAGCAGCAGCUACAGCAGCAGCUACAGCAGCAGCUACAGCAGCAGCUGCAGCAGCAGCAACAGCAGGUGUUAAAGCUUGAAGGUGCAGUUCCAGAUGAUAACCCUAAUGGUUUAGACAAAACGGAGAUCUUCCCAGGCCCUCAGAGCCAAAAGGAAGACGACCCUAUGCUGCAGCAGCAGCAGCAGCAAGAACAGCAGCAGCAGCAGCAGCUGCAGCAGCAAGAGCAGCAACUGCAGCCAGAACUUCCUGACGCUUCGGUGACUCCAGCGGGAGAGCAGCAGCAGGGAGAUCCACCUUCAAGUGAUUUGUCUUUCUGUGGGGAAUAUGCAGCAGCUGCAGCAGGCCCAGCAGCAGCAGCAGGUCCAGCAGCAGCAGCAGCAGCAGCAGCAGAUGAAGAAGGAAGGACGAAGGCUAGGAAGAGGCGGCGUGCUGCUUCAGCUGUCGCUGCACCUGGGGCUUUUUCUGUGCCUCUCAGUGCGAAGGGCAGAAGAACCCGCGAUGACAGCAGCAGCAGCAGCAGCAGCAGCUAUGAAGCAGCAGAACCGAAGGAAAGCCCCGCACAAACUGCUGCAGUACAGGGGCACGAAGCUGCAGCAGCAGCAGCAGCAGCAGCUGUUGUUGCUGCUGCUGCUGCUGCUGCAGGGCAGGAUAUGGGUGGGGAAGCUAAAGCUGUCUUGGGCGCGUUUCAGUGUGCUGCUAACCAGGAAGCAGCAGCAGCAGCAGCAACAGCAGCAGCUGCAGCAGCAAUUCCGUUUCAGUGCUCGCCUGCAGCUACGGGCCUUGGGGCACCUGGCACACUAGCUGGAGCAGAAGCUCAGCAGCAGCAGCAGCAGCAGCAACCGGGGCCUGUGACGGUAGGAGAUGGGCUUUGCAGCAACGCGGUGCAUGUGCAGGAGCAAUUGUCUGCGUUGCUGUUGCCUGAGCAGCUGCAGCAACUGCAGCAGCUGCAGCAGCAGCAGCAACAACAGCAACAGCAGCAGCAGCAGAAGCCGUAUUGCUGCGCGCAGCACCUUGAAAUGCUGCAGCAGAUGGAUGAACUGCAGCGGCAGCUGCCUGAAGUAGCGCUGUGUAGACAGAGUAUGUACAGCAGGCUGGUUUCUCUAUCGGAAGGUGUAGCUACAGCAGAACAGCUGCAUGAGGUUGAAGCAGCAAAAGCAGAUCUAGAGGAACUGUCGCAGCAGCAGCUGCGCAUGGAGCAGCAGCUGCAGCUUCUCAAUCAGCAGCAACACUACCACGCCCUCCAGCACAGAGCCGAGCUGCUGCAGCAGCAGCAACAACAGCAACAGCAACAGCAGCAGCAACAGCAACAACAGCAACAGCAGCAGCAGCAGCAGCAGCAUACCACUGUACCGCCACAGGAGUUGCUGCAGCAGCAGGGCAUCCUUCAGGAGCAGGAUCUGCUGCAGCAGAGGGUUUUGCAUCAGCGGCUGCUGCAGCAACGCGUGCUGCAGCAGCAGCUAAUUCAGCAGCAGCAGCAGUUUAUCCAGCAGCAGCAGCUGCUGCAGCAACAGCAGCUGCAGCCCCAGCAGCUGCAGCAGCACGAGCGUCUUGCUGCUGCAGCAGACCCAUUCCCAGAGCUGGGGCCCCUUGCUGCAGUAGGGGCUGCAAGUGCCGCUGCAGCGACACCGCAGAACACGGAAGCUGAGCAGCAGCAGCAGCAGCAGCAGGCUUUCUUUGCGCAGCCAACGUUUUAA